UGCUGUGUGUAGCAGGGGGAUGAGUCCUGUUCAGUGGUACAGCAUCUAACACAGAUAUGGCGCGUCAGUGUUAGCUGUGGUUUUUACGUCUACGUUGGACCAGCAGGACAGGAAGGACACUUCGUUUGUAACGUCGCAGUAGCUCGAAAAGAAGCAGACGAAAUGAUGCGUUUCAUGCUGCUGUUCAGCCGGCAGGGGAAGCUGCGGCUGCAGAAGUGGUACACAGCCACAGCUGAGCGUGACAAGAAGAAGAUGGUCCGGGAGCUGAUGCAGAUAGUGCUCGCCCGCAAACCAAAGAUGUGCAGUUUCCUGGAAUGGAGGGACCUCAAGAUUGUCUACAAAAGGUAUGCCAGCCUGUAUUUCUGUUGUGCAAUCGAAGAGCAGGACAAUGAGCUGAUCACACUGGAAGUCAUCCACCGCUUUGUGGAGCUGCUCGAUAAAUACUUUGGCAGUGUGUGUGAGCUGGACAUCAUCUUUAACUUUGAGAAGGCUUACUUCAUUCUAGAUGAGUUCCUGAUGGGAGGAGAGAUCCAGGACACAUCUAAGAAGAGCGUCCUCAAAGCCAUCGAACAAGCCGACCUACUGCAGGAGGAGGACGAGUCACCCAGGAGUGUGCUGGAGGAGAUGGGCUUGGCGUAGUACACAGCAGUGUUGUGAGAGACUAUAGAUCCUGAGGUAGAGGGCUGAAUGAGAGAUUACUGGACACAAUCUGGGAUGGAACAUUUUUGGGCUGAUGGCGUUGGCUCUGUUUAUCUGUGGCUCUAGGGACUAAUGUACAGUGUUUAACUGGGGAAGAGACUCAGUUAAGAAUGGAAGAUCUUUGCAUUGACAGUCCUUAAGGUGUGUGUGUGUGUGUGUGUGUGUGUGUGUGUGUGUGUGUGUGUGUGUGUUUGUGAGAGAGAUCUAAGCAUGGGGUAGAGGAAAUGCGGUACACUUAAACUUGUGUAUGGCUGAAGGAGGAUUUUGUGUUCAAAUUUUAAAGGAGGGAGAUGGACUGGUACUGAUGUUAGAAUCACAGUGAGGCAGGUUUGCAGUUUCAUUGAUGCUUUGACGCAAAGAGCAGGUUGAACAGUCAGACCUUGUCAUGGAUGUUUAAGAGGUACUGAAUGUGGACUGGUCAGGGAUUUGAUUUAUAAGACAGAAGACAGUAAUAGGACAUCACUGAAGUGCUAAUAAGUCUUAUGUUAUGCUGUUUUUUUUUUUUUUGUCAUUUUCAACAAUUGUCAUGAGAAGACCAACACCAACAGUCCAUUUCUCAACACUUUAAGAUUUCCCUACCCUAUCUGUGGCUCUCAGCCCCAAGCCCAUUGAUUCCUACUGAAGAGGAAAAUCUCACAAAUGGAUAGUUGUAGUUUUUUUUGGUAAGUUUUUUUUUUGCAUGUUACAUAAAGAAGAGGAAAUUAUCUUUGUUGGGGACUAUUUUCAGUGGUGGAUUAAUCCACAUUUGGUGCUCUUGUGAGUAUAUUCCUGCAGGAUGUUGUAUGUGAGUCAAAAUGAACUGCUGUGUGUGUGUGUGUAUGGUUGCGUGGGUGGGUGUGUUCAGGCUAAUGAAGGAACACGUCGCCCAUUGCAACAGUGUGGCUCACUGAUGUGUUUUAAUAGUUUUUGGACAAUGACCUGCUGCACAUGAUAUUUGUUGACAGUCAGAAAAAAUCAUAAAAUAUCACCAAACCUCUAAAACAAAAUUCUGCUUUCAUACAACCAUGUAGCAUUUGCCUCAAUUCCUGCUGCUUUUACAUGUGCUAACAUAUAGCAGAUAAUAUAACAACAGACAGUUUUGGGAAUAACUUUAACAUUCACCUUCAUUCUCAGUUAUGGUUUUGGUAAUGCGUUGCAUUGUAAAGCCAUAUAAAGCCAUUGUGUCCCCAGACCUCAGCAAAGAAGAUGUAGUGAAACCUUAUCACAACCAACAGGAUGAGCUAUGAGUGUGUGUUUAGGGCCAUAACUACGACAUAAGAUAAAGAUUGUAAGAAAACAGAAUUUUCUUUAGUUUUCUGCCUCCACUCUCCUGUUCUGUCACUGCUGAAAUCAAGAGGUUUUGUUAGGAACAUGCGUGUUAUUAUAUUCUUCCAUUUCUUUAAACUGCGUUUGAUGUUUUAAGAAUUUCUGUUGAAUCUUCUCAUAGAGACUGUUUGAAAUUCAUUCUAUAUUUGUGAUUGGCCCCAUCUUAGCUAACGCAACGGGCCCAGGGUGAUAAACUGUAUUGUGGAAUUGUUAAUAAGGAACCAAAGACAUUUGAGUCUAAAACAAUAGCUUGUUUACAUAUGAGCCAUUCAUAUGUACCGUAAGUGGACUUAUGUACCGGAUGAGAUGGAAUGUGGCAUCUGCCUUAUGCAAUUUUAUAAGGUGCAACUGAUAAUCGCAUUCCACUUAGUGUCCCUCCAGGUAGCAGGAAGCAAACACGGAGAUGCAACAAGAAUUCAGAAGUAAUUGUUGGAGUUCAAACUUCACAGUUUUGCUGGAACUGGUACAUAUUCAGACUGGAUUGAACGAAUUAAAAUCAUUUGAAGUUUAGACAAA